UCAGACUUGUAAGGACCCUGAUGGCCACCAACCAGAGGGACUGCGCUAACCAGACGACCAGCCCCAGCUUCAAGCUCCCCUAGCGAAGGCAGGACUCUGAGAGCCUGCUCCCGGAAUACCGCAUUGUUUUUAUAAUUUCCAGCAAGAGAGAGGAAGGUGAUGGAGCUGAUGAUGCGCCCGCGAUGGUGGAUUUCCCUUUUGUGCGUCUGUGGAUUGAUGCACGUCGGUCACCAGAGCAGACCUAAUGCCCAAAAUGGAGACGCCUUGAAGGCUCUUCGUGAUGCAGGCAGGUUUGUGGGGAAGGAGGACACGGUGCCUCUCCGCCUGCUCUACAGCAGGCACAACCACAGCCAGAUCACAGGAGAUGAGCUCAGCACCAGGGUUAAAGCCAGCUCCGGCUCCAAACAGGUGAACCAUGUGGCCCAAGCAAGCUUUCAAGUGGACGCUUUUGGCCGAAAAUUCCUCUUGGAUGUGGAACUAAACCAUGAUCUGCUUUCUUCGGGGUACGUGGAGAGGCAUUUGUCAGAAAAAGGGAAGACUGUCGUCACCAAUGGAGGAGAGCACUGCUACUAUCAGGGGAAGGUCAGAGACGUUCCUCACUCCUUUGUGGCUGUUUCCACCUGUCAUGGUUUGCAUGGGAUGUUUUUUGACGGCAAUCACACCUACAUGAUUGAACCUGGAGGACAGGGAAGCAGCAAUGGAGAUGUCCGAAUUCACAUGAUAUAUAAAUCUGCAGGGCAUGAGGGAUUUAAUGAUCUCCUCAAUGGUGAUUUUCCAGAGCCGCCUUUUCCCAGCCCCCCAUUUCCCGGAUCAAAAGUUGUUCACAGAAGAAAAAGGAGACAGGCUCCGAGUGUGUCUCACAGUGUAGAAGAUGAGACCAAAUACAUUGAGUUGAUGGUGAUCAAUGACCAUUUAAUGUACAAGAAGCAUCGGCUUUCUGUUGGGCACACGAAUAACUAUGCUAAGUCAGUGGUCAAUAUGGCUGACAUGAUUUUCAAGGAACAGCUCAAUACCCGUAUUGUGCUGGUAGCAAUGGAAACGUGGUCAGCUGACAACAAAUUCAACAUCGACGACGACCCGAUGGUGACGCUGAAGGAGUUUAUGAAGUAUCGAAAAGACUUCAUCAAGGAGAAAUGCGACUCUGUUCACCUCUUCUCAGGGAAUCAUUUCCAUAGCAGCUGGGAGGGGGCUUCCUACAUGGGAGGUGUAUGCUCCCUCACCAAAGGAGGGGGAGUCAAUGAGUAUGGGAAAACAGAUGUGAUGGCCAUAACCCUCGCUCAGUCUCUUGGACAGAACAUUGGCAUCUUCUCUGACAACAAGAGGAUCCUCAAUGGAGAGUGCAAGUGUGAUGAUCUUUGGUUCGGCUGUAUAAUGGACGUUGUUGGCUUCCACCUGCCCAAGAGGUUCUCCAACUGCAACGUGGAGGAGUACUAUAACUUCCUGAACAGCGGGGGAGGAGCCUGCCUGUUCAACAAACCACUGAAGCUGCUGGACCCUCCUAUUUGUGGAAAUGGCUUCGUGGAGCCGGGAGAGGAGUGUGACUGUGGCAGCCCGGCGGAGUGUGCCAUAGAGGGGGAGGCCUGCUGUGACAAGUGCACCCUGACCCAUGGCUCCAAGUGCAGCAACGGACUCUGCUGCAACAGCUGCCAGAUGGAGUUCAUGGGAGUGUCAUGCAGAGAUGCAGUGAACGACUGUGACAUCCCAGAAAACUGCACAGGCAACUCCAGCCAGUGUCCAGCUAAUGUGCACAAGAUGGAUGGCUACACGUGUGAAAAGGACCAGGGUCGCUGCUUCAAUGGAAGAUGCAAAACCAAAGACCGACAGUGCAAGUACAUUUGGGGAGAGAAGGCAACAGCGGCUGAUAAGUUCUGUUACGAGAAGCUGAACAUCGAGGGGACAGAAAAAGGAAACUGUGGGAAGGACAAGGACACCUGGAUCCAGUGUAACAAACAGGAUGUUCAUUGUGGUUAUCUGCUGUGCUCCAACAUCUCCCCUUCCCCGCGACUUGGAGAGCUGCAGGGAGGACUCACCUCCUUCUCAGUGGCGCAGCACAGUGCUUCUCUUGAAUGCAGCGGGGCUCACGUGUUGAUCGACGGAGACACUGACCUGGGAUACGUCGAGGACGGGACGGCCUGUGGGACAGACCGCAUCUGCUUCAAUCACAAAUGUAUCCAAAUUCAGCAAUUCAACUUCAGCACAUGUCCCGGUACCACUGACAAGAUGGUCUGCUCUGGACAUGGGGUGUGCAGCAGUGAUCUGAAGUGUGUGUGUUACCUGGGCUGGGCAGGAGAUGACUGUAACUCCACAUCUCCUCUCAGCUAUCCCGUGGUCGGACCAACCGCCUCAGUUUCUGGUUACACCAGUACCAACAUCAUCAUCGGGGCCAUCACAGGCUCCAUCCUCCUCCUCGCCCUCAUACUGGCUGCUACAGCCUGGGGUUUCAAGAGCUACAAACAGAGACGCUAUGAGGAAUCUGAAGUUCAUCGAAGAUUCUGCCGGCAAAUGCCCCCAGGUGACUAUGUAACAAAGCCUGGGGAUGCAGACUCAUUUUACAGUGACAUGCCUCCGGGGGUCAGCACAAACUCCGGCUGCAGCUCCAAGAAGAGGUCAGCCUGCCUGUCGCAUCAUCAGAUUUGCACCCUGUCCUUCACCCCCUCCAUCCCAUCCAUUUCUCAGAACAUCUCAGUGUUUGGCUUCAGAUCUAAUGGCCUAUCACACUCGUGGAGCGAGAGAAUCCCAGAUGCCAAACACAUCUCUGACAUCUGUGAAAAUGGGCGACCAAGAAGCAACUCAUGGCAAGGAAAUCUGAGUGGGAAUCGCAAGAAACUGAAGGGAAAGAAGUUUCGUGCUCGCUCCAACUCCACUGAGACACUUUCCCCUGCCAAGUCUCCCACUUCCUCUACAGGAUCAAUUGCAUCCAGCAGGAGAUACCCUUACCCCAUGCCCCCCCUCCCCGAUGACCAGAGGAAAGUCAACAGGCAGAGUGCCAGGCUGUGGGAGACAUCAAUAUAACAGCCUUCUCACCCGCUCUGCAAAAGAUCUCAAGGAAUUACUCUUGUUGCUCCUUUUCUAUGAAUGAAAAACACAAAAACAAAAUUGACUCUAAUCUAUUUAAGAGAAAUGGAGAGAAAGCCCCCCACUGGAGUGGAAAUAGGCAAAGGUGUGUGUGAGUGAGUGUGAACAAGCAUCUCCGAGGCUUUCUUGCCAGACGGCGUCAUUCAGUGGGUGACGAUGCGGAUUGCCGGCAGAGAAACCAGCUCCACAUCCACUCCAGAUCAGCUGGAGCUCAGACUGAGCUGUUCCUGACUGCUCAGGCCUCAUUUAUGGGACUGGAAACCCCCCUCCACCCCGAACUCCAACCUUUCGUUAAACAUCCACACAACCUUUUUACAUCCCGUCAUACCCACUUCAACUUCACCGCCCGACUUCCCCCCGUGUUUUGAGCUCCUCUCUAAAAGGAGCCGUGGAGCCAGGGGCACGUCAUCGUAUCACUCUGCAUCUCUGGAUCAUUUUGACGCACGUGAAUCACUGUAGAAACUCCAACACUGUAUGCAUGAGACAACCCUGUUUAUUACAACCUCCUCCUACUGAACAGACGAGAAGACAGAAGUCUGAUCUGAGAGGAAAGCAUGCGAGGGGGCAGUGAUUUUAAUACCUUCUGUAGACUUAGACACUUUCUCUCCACUAUAGAUAACCCAUAUAGCAUCACCAGUUAUAGCCCAUUACCCCAUGACCCAACCACCUGACCCCACCCUGCUCCUCGUGCCCCUCGAUUUGUUUGUGCUGUGUACAUAUGUACAGUGAAAAUACACACAGAGUAUGUUUUUGCUUUUAUUUUGAAAGAGGAAAAGAUCGAGAUGUCUCUUCCUACUGUAUUGUGUUGUAGACAGAAGCGGAAUCUCUGUAAAAAGCGUAAGAUACCCCGCGCUCGCUCUUCUGUCUGUGUUUCUCAUUUUUUUCACUCCUCUAGCUUUGUCUGUGUGAUUGUGGCCUCUAUAGCUUUCUCCAUCCACAGCAGAAUGUAAAUGUGUUUUUUUAUAUUAUCUUAGCACUGGUUUUUAUCCAUCUCUGGGAGGAAUACACAAACAUCCAGUAAUAGCUGAGGAUUCUUUGAGUUCAUUGUGGCACAUUAAGAGUGUUGAUGAUUAUUAUUUAGGAAAAAGUCAAUAGUUUUAUGUGCCAUUCCUUUGUGAAAUGAAUGGGAUGUGUUUGGUGUAGUUAUAGGCGUGCCAAUUUUCACUCAUGGUGGUUUUUGGAAAUUUACCAUUGAUAAUGUUAAGAUGUGUUUAGUUCACUAAAUUCUACAUUUGGAUGUUUUUGAGGCCAGCGUGCUCCCUUUUCUACAAUAGUCAUCACAUGAGUUGGAUCAGAUGAGAUGUGACAAUAACAAGAGUGCCCUGAUUAGGACAAGGAAUCUGGAAACUGUGAUUGAAAUGUGCAUUUUGGAUUUAGCUGUAUUGAUUGAGAUAUUUAGCCUUGUAAAUGAUUAACUAUGCUGUACAGUGCUUGCCAUUUGAGCUUGUGAAGACCGACAGCAUGACAGUUCUAUAAUCAAAUUAAGUUAUUUCUCUGGUAGGCUAUUUGUGAGACCAUCAGGGUAAACAAGCAUGUCACUGAAGGACUUUUUUUCCAUCAUUGCCUUUUUUGCUGUUGUCCAAAUGAGUACUGUACGCAAAGUCGGGACAAUUCAUGGCAGGAAGUCACAGGGUCUAAAGAUGAUUAAGAAGGGAGAACACUGAUUUAAUGCCAGUGCAGCUAUUAAAGUUGGACUUUGAAAAUGUAUCCCAUAUCACUCCCCAAAAAGCAAGUUCUUUGUACAGUACUGAGUCAUUGUUCUACCUUGUGUAGAAAUUGUUGUCUCAAGGCCUCCUGUUCGUCAUUUUACCGUUGUUAGUUUUUGUUCAGGUGUGGGCACUUGUUCAUUUGUAAUUCAUGUAUGCAUUAGGACUGUAUAGGUAAUACGAUCUUCACAAUAUUGGACUAAUAUUGCUACUAGUAUCUUUUUUUAUUAAGUACCUUUGUAAUGUUCACUUUUUUCUCAGCAUUAUGUACAGCAACGAUUCAACAGUAAUUAAGUGCAUUAUUGUAAUUAUGUGUGUUGAUGAGUUUGAGUGGAGAGUUUGUUUUUUUUUUAACACAUUUGUCCUGGGGCAAUAGAAGCGGCAGUUCCUCUGGCAUGUGGCAUAUCUUAUAAGGUUUGGACACACAUAAUGAUGUAAGUGAAGUCUGUACGGGCUCAUGAUUUGCCUUUUACCAGAGCUUUCUUGUCUUUGCUCCGGUCUUCUUUAAGUAUUUGUAAGUGUCCCAGGGCUGCAGAGAGCAUCAUCUCAGAGCUCUUGAGAAACAUUUUUAACAUCAUAAUACUGUGCGAGACAUUUGUCCUGGUGGUAUUUACAUUGCACUGUGCUACACUCUGAGGACUCUCUGCUCAGGAUGGGACCACGCAGGCUGCAGUUGUUGCUGUCAAAUCUCCAAACAUGUAUCUGUCUCUGCCUGCACACAACGGCUGGACUGACAGAUCCUAACAGGACGACUCUGGCAAAACGUCUCCUCAGAUGGAGCCAUCUGUCUCUUUCUGGCCAGAGACUUGAAUGUAUUCAUGCACCACCAAGCCUCAUACAUGUGGUCCCAUCCUGCCCGACACAUCAGCACUCUGCUGGGCUGCAGGAACCUUGAACCCCCGCCCCCACCUGUACUAGUUUAAAUAUAAAUACUGCAGUUGCUGUGUUUUAUUUCCAACCCCUUUUUUCUUUUGCCUGUAUGCUGUACAGACUGAUGAUGCAAAAAUCAAUCCUCAUAUUUUUUUCCUCUUAAUUAUUCAGUAUUGUAAUAUAUUUAAUAUAAAAUAAAACUUUCAUCAACA